AUGAAAAUUUUUCAACCAAAUUUAUUCUGGCUGGUGUCUGGAUUUAAACACCUAUUUGACCUAAACAACCCUUUAAAAUCAUACCAUUCUCCAUUAGCAGUCAUUGCCCAUAUCGAUGUCAAUGCCUUCUUUGCCCAAGUGGAACAACUACGACUGGGCCUAAGCACCGAUGAUGCUGUUGUUUGUGUCCAAUGGCAAAGUAUAAUUGCAGUUUCUUAUAAGGCUAGAGAAUAUGGAAUAAGUAGAAUGGAUACUUUGGAGACUGCUAAAUUGAAAUGUCCCGUGCUGAAACCUAUACAUACGGCUGUCUUUAGGAAAGGUGAGAAUUUUUGGAGAUAUCAUGAUGAUGAUGAACAUUUCCCAGAUCCUAAACAUCAUAAAGUUAGUUUGGAUCCUUAUAGACGAGAAUCAAGGAAGAUUAUAAAUAUUUUUAAGAAAAAUUGUGAUUUGGUGGAGAAGGCUAGUGUUGAUGAAAGUUUUAUGGAUUUUGGUAGAUUAAUUAUACAAAAAAUUUUUAAAAUGUUGCCAGAUUUACAACAAGAUAUUUUAAAAUUGGAUAAAGAUCAUUAUUUACCAUUGAUACCCAAAGAUUUCCAAUUGGAAACAUUUGGUGAAAUUAUCCCAUCGGAUUUUGAUAAUAAUGAUGAGUUCAUCAUUAAUGAUUGGGAUGAUGUCUUUAUGAUAAUUGGUUCUAUUAUAGCAUUUGAUAUAAGGAAACAAGUACAAGAUGAAUUGGGGUAUACAACUUCUGCUGGAGUAGGUAGAGUUAAAACAAUUGCUAAAUUAGCUUCAGGUUUUAUGAAGCCUGAUAAUCAAACAAUUGUGAGAAAUUCCUCGAUAAAUAAUUUUCUGAAAAAUUUUGAUUUUACAGAUUUUUGGUCAAUGGGUGGUAAAACUGGUGAUUUUAUAAAAGAGAAAUUAUCACCACCUUUCGAAGAUUCAAUUAAAUUCAUUAGAGAAAAUUAUGAUAUUCAUGAAUUACAAGAUUAUUUAAUUGAUAAACAAUUGGCUGAAAAAUUAUAUAAAAUGAUUAGAGGUGAAUAUUAUUCUCCAUUAUCUGAACGGAUCGUUUUAAAAUCAAUGAAUUCUAAUAAAAACAUUAGAGGUGUUGAUUCAGUGACAAAAUUAGAUGAUGCUAUAAAAUGGAUAAAAGUUUUCGCUGCUGAUUUAUUUCAAAGAUUAGUGGAAACUGAUGAUGAAAAUGGUUAUAGAACAAGACCCAAGACAAUCUCAAUCCAUUUUAGAUCUAUAAAAGAUUUUAAAACUCCUCAUUCAAAACAAAGCACACUGCCUAUUGUGCCCAAGGAGGAAUUAGAAUCAACUUUAUAUAAAUAUGGUGUUAAUUUAUUGAAAAUGUCGGAAUCUCAAUAUGGGAAAAUUUAUCCAUUACAAAAUAUCAACAUGACCAUAAGUAAUUUUGAAAUUGUGGAUAAUAAUAGUUCAAAUAAGAAAGAAUUUGCAAAGCAAACCCAACAACAAAAAGGUAAUGAUCAAGUGAAGCAAGAAUCUCCCAAGGUUGAAUCACCAGGCCCACCUGAACAAUUUCAAUUAUUAGAUAAUGGAUUAUUCAAAUGCUUGAAAUGUAAUCAAGAAAUUAAUGAUCAAAUUGAACAUAUAGAUUUCCAUUAUGCAAUUGAAUUAACUGAAGCUUUAAACGGUUCAAAUAGUUUAUCAUCAGAUUUACAAAAAUUUUCAAAUAAUUCAAAAUCUUAUGGUGAGAAGAGAUUAAAUUCUAAAAAAAGAGAAGUAUCAAAGAAAUCCAAUAAACUUGAUCAAAAUAAAAAGACAAAAUUUGAUAAAUCUCAAUCAAAAUUACCAUUUUAA